UUUGAAAAACUGAAGCAACUUACAAUGGAUGGAACUUCCUACCCAAUUUUAUCCAAACAUACAUCUUUGAAAGAAACAGUGGGCUGUUUAUUACUUCAUUCUUAUGCAAAAAAAAUGCAAGGUCUAUCCAAAUGUGUCAUUGAUUCAGGUUUAAAGAAAGCUUUUAAGGUUGGUGCUAAUGGUCUUCUUGGUAAUUGCAAUUUGGAUGAAAAAUUGGAUGACUGCAGCGUGACAAUUGGCAGUGCCACUACCAAGGUACAGGAUAAAGUGAAUUCAAUACUCACGUCAGAAGAGAACAACAUAGACUUCAUCACUGAGCACAUGAAUGAAAUGACGUCUUUAUGUCAGAAGCUCCAAUGUGCCGUACCAAAUUGGUUUCAAAAACACAGUAAAGGUAGCAGUAAUACUGGUAAUACUAAGAAGACUUGGUGUGACUUUUGGGAUACGACUAUUAAAGAGGAACUGAAGAAGAUGUUCGCAGCAAUUAAGACGAAUGGAGGGAACAGCCCUAAUGGUGUAUGCACCACCUUCGGGGAUGAAAAUCCUGAUAGUGUUGAAAGAAAAGCUUGUAAUCAUAUCACAGCAGGUUUAGACUACAUUAAAGGCAUUAAAGAUAGUGGUAAUGGCAACCCACUGCUCGAUCGAGCAGUGGGUUGUAUUGCUCUUAACCUUUACGCUGAUAAAAUAAUCGAACUGACGAAAACAAAUUGUCCCAUUGAUGAAUCUAAAAUAAAAGAAAUGUUCACUCAAUGGAAUGCAAGUAAAAAUUCGUGUCUGAAUAGUGCUAAUAAUAAUGAUUGUUUUCAAUGCAAGAGGGAAGAUACUUAUAAAAGUUGCCACCUGAGCGUCGCAGACGCUCUGGUGGAAACAUCACAACAAAAGUGCACUUCUAACACCGACAGAAAUGAAGUCCAAACUGAAUUAAACAAAUUCCUCAUCGAAAACCAAGACCCAUCCCAAUCCAAAUCCAUCUCCCAAGUGAAGGAAACAUUAUCCACCAUAAAUGACAUGAGUAAGUCUUUCUGUAGUAGAAUGCAAUGUGCAGCAAAACAGUACUACGCAAAUAAAAAAAAUAGUGUGCAGCCCAAACCGCCCCUAUCAUGG